AUGGCCUUGGCCCCGAAGCUGGCUUUAUUCCGGCAUCCCGUCCUACGCAAAUGGUGUGUCUUGCUGACGGCGUCGCUGAGCAAAGGGCAGUCAUUAAAAGAGCCCGUUUCGAAAGAUUCACUUGCAAAAUCCACACAGUCAGCUUCCCAACUUCCAUCAACCUCACUUAAACAAAGAGGUGACGGCGAAUUACUUAUGCUUACUCGUUGUCUAGUUAGUCAGUCAAUCUGCGGCAGAUGCUGGGUACACCACAGUCAUUAUCGGUGGCAUUGCACUGACUGGUUUGUGUGUAUUGUCAACUUCACUACUGCUUAGGAGUCAUAUUCUAUGUUAUUGGAAACGAACUGUUUUCGAAAAAAAGUCCAACCCGCGUCUACGAAGAUGCCCUAAAGCUUUGUGCGAAUGAUCAGCGCGUGCAGGAUCUGUUGGGGAGUUCCAUUACUGGCUGUGGCGAAGCUAACCGUCGAGGCCGCCGAACUCACGUCGCGUAAGAUCCCUUCGGCACUCUGUGUGGCCUUAGUUGGCCUCAUACUCUAUUGUUUUCGUAUUAGCCAUAUAGACGUCUGUGUCUUCACAUCUUCCGAGGUUCGACAGUAUAAGAUUUGUCUUUGAGUUACUGCAGACAUACGAACUAGUUAAUUGUCCGUUAGGUGCGCGCAUACUGUUGUUAGAUAAAACAAUCCAUCCUGCCACCUUUCGACAUUUAGACUAAACAAUCUAAAAACCAAUGGUUGUGUCAGCUUCGAGUUAGAUAUCUUCAUAUCUACAAUGUUUUGUUCUUUUGAAGAUAUAUACCUUCGAUUAUUUUUCUGCUCCUUUCUGCCUCAAUCAAAGAACUUCGGUGUUGCGUCUUUUAGUUCCUCUUAACUCUUUGGCCACCACCGUCCUUGUUCAGUCCGAAUGAUUUUCGAUGAGGAGAUGAAGUCGAACUUUAAGUCCACUGAAGAGGGAUUUCAUGCAGCCGUAUCAGUUGGGAAACCUUUGCGCACGGGCACAAAGUAUUGUUUGACUACAAGUUUCCCAUACCGUUUCAUGUUUACAAAGCUUAAAUAAUGUCAACGCAGUUAUCGCCUAAUCCGACCUCCGCUGGAUCUGUCACCGAUCAACAGAUAAGCCAGCACAAGAGCUGAUCGUCCUCGGCGUCACUUCCCACUCAAACGCGUGUCACAUGAGCCAGCCAUACUGGACUUUACUUGAUCGGUCGUCAAAGCAUGGUAGACACGAAGAUCAAUACAUGAAUCUUUAUAAACUGCGUCUUAUCUGAAAGCGGUGCAAACGUCCCGACCCACUCUCAAGGAGGACAGUACCGUCCUUAGCGAACACACUACUCAAACAUUCAAAACCUUCUUAGUGCCUCUGCGAUCAUGCAUGAUGUAGCCGAUUAUGACAAUGUAGGUCUUGCCUCCAUGCAUGACCAUCAACGACGGCGAGUCUCCACAACAUCAACCACCAUUCUUUUUCUACGAAACCUGAAUACCAAGGAUCAAAAACAACCUUUUUGACUGGCUCUCUGUGCUGAACCCAGUGGGCAAUGACUCCAGGUCAAGUGUGACAGAAUGUGCUCAAGCCAUCUUCGGUGGCCUGAAGUAUUCUUGCGAUGUCAAAUCUGUCUCGUUCGAAACGCAGUCGCUGUACGUCACUUUAGGGCCUGUUCUCAGGCGACGGUGGUCAAAUACAUCUAGUUUUUGCUCAUUUCUACGCACAGCCCAUCGUUCAUAAGGACUGGUAGUACGGAUACCCGGCGCACACGGGGUUUACGGCUUGAGAUAUCCCGUCGAAUUCAUGCCCUCAUUCUAAGGAUUUCGAAAAUCCUGUGUUCAGCAUCUACUAGGGAGACGUUUUUACUUUAUCCACUUGGCAGCAGCCAUGCCCGGAAUAUUUGGAACACUAAUAACCAAACUCAAGAGUUCCAAAACAAUAAUUUUGGAAGGAAAAAUGACUUGCAGAGCUGAUUUAUUGUAUUACGGGCGUCCCGGAUAAUUUGUCCAACUCACUAUUAUCAAAGCGUUAGAUGCCCAAAACUGAACAGAAAUCUAAAUGCCUUGUUAAACCGGUCAUCCUUGAGCUGCUCGAGUUUCCUUUUCUCGGCCUUUUGGUAGAUAUUUGGUGAGUUCGAGAACUGUUUUUAUUAUCAGUCAUCACCUCAGUGGAAAGAUGUUGAGCCUCUGUAGAGAUUGUUUGGCCUGGUGGCUCCUUUGUUCGCCAUCGGUUGGGCUUGUUGUCGAUCUAUAUCUAGUUGAUUUUCUUCAGUUCGACGUGUAAAUUUUGUCCUGGCCUUGUGUAGGUAAAAACACUGGACUUUAUAAGCCGUAGGAGAGUCAAUGUGCCUGUUUAUGGAGUCGGCAUCUGAAAAACACGCCUCAAAUGUGAUUCGUCCUGUGCUUGGGAUGUCUCAGCCUAAGAUUGCCGCUCCCUGCAGGUCAAGAGUAUGACGCAUUUCUCAGAUAUGCGUUGCAAGCUGGUAUUUUGGACCUAACCUCCGAGUUACCAAUUUAGCUCAUGAUGGAGUCACCCCGUAAAGGAUAAAACAUUUGGUGCUCACUAAGUAUCUACCAAAGUUCGGGGCUCAUUAUGCCAACGAUACUUUCCUCAUUGUCAAAGGUACUCACAUUGAGCACUUGAAGGAAUUAUUGAAGUCUGUUGAUUCAAAUAUCCCAUUGACGACCGUAGCCGAGACAAAAAACCGUUACUGUUGAACUGUAGCACUCUCCUGACGUUUUCCUUGCAUUGGUGACUUUUCUGGGUACUGUAGUUUUCAGUUGCCUGGUGGUAUACCGACGCGCGAGGGCGUCUGAGAAAGGAAGUUUGAUUGCUUGUUUCACCUUUCAUUAUGGGGAGCCAGUUAAGCUCUGAGAAACGUCAGCACUAUGAUAGAUGAGUUCCUGCGAGCCGUGUGUUCUCAAAGUAUUUAAAUUGUCAAUUUGUUCGGGUUAGCAGCCAUUAAUCCCGAUUGCUGUUUUCUCUUAGAAAUGCUGUUCGAAAAUGCCGGUCUUCUGGUGCCUACAAAUAAUCCGAUUAUUUGGUAGCCGCAUUCGCCCACAACACUACAUCCUAUGAGUCACCAAAGCUUGACGCUUUUAUGUCACUAUCGUUAGCAUAGUCGAUGUAAGUCAGACAGAUCCCAGAUUUAGAUUCGACUCCGUCAAAAACCCUGUAGGUGGCAUACUUGAUCAGUAUCAACAGCAGAAUGCAACUCUAUCGAAUUGCUGGAAGAGGUAGCUGUUGGACAGGACUCGCGUAGUGAUAGCGGACCUCGAUAAGAAUGAUAGUUCUUGUCGAUAUAUAAUCUGGUUAUGUUAUCCGUAACAUGGAGCAUGAUUGGCAGAAUUGAACUUUGCGGCGAAGUCAACAAAGCAUACGGCCGUCGGUUGCUAGUAAGCAUGUCGGAAUUCAACGAUUCGUCACAGUCGCCGUCAUCUUCCGGAUUUGAUGGAGUAAAUAAUCUUUACAGGACCUAGUCUGCAAUGUCCAGGCGGACAGCUGACCCAGUCAUUGACCCGUCGCUAGUUGAGUCCGAAAGUUUUCCUAUCUGCCUUUCCGACGGAGAACUUCAAUGGUUAUCAUUUGCAUCAGCCUUCUCCUACUCGGGUUGCAAUGCAAAAAAGGAUUUUUCUGUGUUCAGAGCCUCUGUUGUGCUGGGUUGUCACAAAUUUGCAAUAUCAAAGCUGCUCGCACGUGACGAUUGUGGCGCAGAACAAGAAAGUGCUCUGACCCAUAGGCCUUACCAGGAGCUGACCUCGAUUCCGUCCGUAGUCUUCUCGGUCUCCAACUGUCAAACCUACUGAAGACGUUUAGAAGUGCCUAGGGCAAGAAACCCAACAACAGGGAUUUCGUCAUCCUUAACCGACGCCUGAGUAGCCUGAAGAUGUUGUCUCAGACCACAAUUAACAAAGUUAUUUUAACUCUGCCGAGAAGAAUUGAUGUCAACGCUGCGCAUAUAGGACGAACUAGACGCAUGGGCCGAGUCUAGUACUUGGAACUUAAGCCCCGACCGGAGACACCUGCAAAUCACAGGAUAAAAAAGCGUCGUAGCUGGUGGUUUUGUUCCACGUUACUGGUGUUAGGGAGGCCCAUUUGCAACGCCACGUCCUCCCCCCCCCCCCCAUAUCCUAACUUAUCCUUAGAGGUGCAAGUAAGCACACCGAAGUAUUGAAAUCGGAUGAGCAGUCGUUUCUCGCACUUUUUAUGUUAGUUUCCUGUGACCGCUCAUGUUAUUUUCUUUGCUGGCUGUUUGGUACGGCGCUUGUACGAUCUGCCUUACGAAAGUGCAACAAUUGGCGAUAUGAAGUUCUCCCUGGCCCAGCUUUGGCGUCCAUAAGAUAUGCGUUGACUAAGUAAAGAGUAUGAAGAGUAUACUUAUCCAGAAGUAUAAACUACAGUAAGCAUGUGUCCUCUGCUUGGGUGUAUAUGAUUCUCCUUUGUUCGAGGGUACAAUGACCGGUGCUGUUGAUUUAUUCUUAAGGGAUCUUGAAUUAAGUUUAAGGUUCACAUGGUAACUUAGGGUACGCCACCUCUAUUUCCCGGCAACGUAGCUGGAGAAUAAAUAAUUUUCAAGAUUUAGUCAGACAAUAAGUCGUCUAACCUGAGUACUUAUCGGUUAUAUUUUUAUGAACAUAAAUCUGCUGCUCUCUGCAGGAAACGGUGAUGGUGGCCACCCUUAACACCGCCGGUUAUGCUUUUAAGGUCGAAACGCUCAGUUCGCUGUUGUCUUUAUCUCAUUAUCCGAUACUGGGUGGCAAUCUCCGUUAGAAAGUCUAUUCAGUGCUGCCCGAUCACCACUGCGCCCUCCAGGCAGCAAUGAACAUUAUCGCUUGUGACAGUCCAGCUACCUAUGUGUGGUUCAAUCUUCCACCAACCUGAUUUGAGCCGCCGUCAUCCAGGCUAUCCAACCUACGUUUUUAUCGUUUGUCAACUUCUUUCUAGCUUUCUACUCUCAUCGGGACAGUAGUCUGGAACAGGGCUUUCAUCUAUUCGUGUUUAUCUCGUAGAUAGUUUCAGUUUAUCGUAGGACUUGUCACAGUACAAACGUCUUAAAGAGAUUAGGUAAAAACGGAUGCCAUACGAAACUUCAAUUUGGUUUUCUUCGAUUGCCGUCAAACCGAGCUUAUUGCCCUAAGUACUGUUGAGCAUAGUUACAUGCACAAGUUUAUACUGUUCUCCACAAGAUGUUAUCGGCUUUUUCUGCCCCUUGAUGGCUUCCCUCUGUUCCGACGUCAUUUCUUCGGUUUUUCUAUACCCCCUUCCAAAAAUGCGCAGAAGUAACGGUAUACUCGAUGCGAGUUAGUUUUAUACUCGGAAUUUUUAAACGUUGCUCUUUUUAACUAGCUGAAGACUACGGUUUGUCCUUCUAUCGGUUAAUUUGCAUCACACCUAUCGACAACCUGUCUUUAUUCGCUCUGUUGAAAUAAACAACCAACUCCCCCAGAGUUCACGGAAAUUCGUAAAAAAUGUGGUACUGAAUCGCUUGCGUCCAAAAAAGUGAGGCUUCAAGUCUCAGAUUGUAUAACAGUGAAUUCACAGUUGCGAUUCAUACAACGGGUUUCAAAUUACUUCGGACGUUUAAAAUCUACUAGCGAUUUCUUUGUUCACGUACUUGCGUUCUCGUUAGUAAGGAUAUACUUGCGCACCGACUGUUUGUGUUCUGUUCAGACGUUUAUGUUAACUUGAAGAACUACCGACUAGUAGUGGGGCGGUAGAAAACUUCAAGAUAGUGUCUUCUGACCCACAGAGUGUUUCAACCUAUCACGACGCCCUAUUGGCCGUGACUUCGAGGGCUGCCAACUGCCGGGGUAAUUCUACCCUUCCCUGGGCUGAGGGUCAGGCUGCAGUGUGGCCGUCAUGGCAUUCUCACCUACGUUAGAUGCGAGGCCUCUGGUCGUGUGUGUGGCUCGCGCAGACGGUCUGUUCAGCUUGCGCCAGUCGUCUUGAUGGAUGAGGGAGGAGAGAGAGUGCGGCAGAUGCCGCACAAGUCUGUCGGUGCAGCGCCCACCCCGCUUUUCACGCGAUGGACGUCCUCGUUUACCACGGUCGAACUGUUCACCUCUUUUGAGGCAAGACCUGUCAACUCGAGUCUUCAUCACGCGUCCGCCGUUGGGCAUGUCCGGAACCACCACCUGGGAGACGGGAUCAAUGGUGUGUUGUGGGUAGAAUACAUUACAGGGAGAGACUCACAGCAUCGAAUUUUGUUUGCUGCAACAAUGACCAUGUAUGACUUAGCCGGCCUCAGUAAUGUUCCCUCAAAGUGUCACCUCACCUAUAAUGUUCUGCGUAAGCAGGAUUGGGAACUUCCACCUACUGUUCUUUUUUAACAAAUUCUGGAGGCUCAAGAAUCCCCUGAAUAUCUCGACAAACCGUGGUGAGACUGGACAUUUUUGCUUCUCAUAUGCACGCGCCUACCCGCCUCCAGUGUGACCGACUUGCACACACGCAUUUGCCUUGUUUAAUUUCCGAGGAAAUUGAUGCGCGAACUUGGAGUAAAUCUUUCGAAACGGGCCUUUUCAGGCACGGUCCAAAGUUUGAUAUGAAUGUUUGGGCUGAAAUCCAUCAGCUGCUGUGAAAUAACCGCUUAAUAUUCACAAAACGCCAACAGGCAGCCAGUAGUAUGGAACUGCGCAAUGAUUUACCGUACUAACAACACAGGUAUUAGCUAAAAGCCCAGACACGCGUGUUUUGCCGAUCUUAUGCCGCUGCCUGACGCAGCUGCGAGGGGUUCGGCUCGUCAGUGGGUCCCCCAGCUUUCCCUGUGUGUUUUCUGGUAUAUAAACGCUUGCUUCAACUUGCCUUGUUUAAUUUCCGAGGAAAUUGAUGCGCGAACUUGAAGUAAAUCCUUCGAAACGGGCCUUUUCAGGCACGGUCCAAAGUUUGAUAUGAAUGUUUGAGCUGAAAUCCAUCAGCUACUGCGGAAUAGCCGCUUAAUAUUCACAAACCGCCAACAGGCAGCCAGCAGUAUAAAAGUGUGCAAUGAUUUGCCGUACUAACAACACAGGUAAAUCAUUGCACACUUCUAAACACGCAUUUACUCGUAUUCGGGGAAUUUGUCCUAAAAACCCAUUAGAACCCCCUUGUCAUCGGACUACACCCUAAAGACUGGUUCUCUGGUAGUUUGCGGCCCCCGAGGGUAACGUUUCUAGCGAGGCAGUGUUGCGUCGAAUGACUCGAACAUCUUUCAUCGGUAGUGCUCCCGGUGGCUUCUGUGCGUGUUCCCCAACACGUUCUCAAGUCAACUCCAAAAAGACGCCCUAUUUCACCUGUACAGCCCGUUUAUCAGAGGAUGUAGGCGUCCUUUUAGGUCUGUCUCCGACCGUCGUCUAUUUUGGAAAGUAAUAAUGCAUCUGGUCCAUAGGAAAGAACAGUUUCUCAACUGCUUGAGACUAUGAUAAUGUGAGGCAUCACGCGGACUGCAGGUAAGAUGAAACAACAAAUAUUUAGGGCUAUAACCUACUCAAAUAGAUACAGUAGGUAUUAUUUAUAAGCAACCGAUGUUUGGGUGCCCUCUCCCGAUUGUUACCGACCAAGUUACCAAUUAAACUAAGGUGGAUCGGCGAAGUGCAGGCAGGUCUUAUUGUCUGAUACCUCCUGCCAGCGCAUUCCGACCAAGUGUCGGAGGCUGAUACGUCCUACGCAGUUCAUCAGCACGAGCUGUCUCGUUCCAGAGGUUUUUUUAAGUCGACUGCGCAUUCUGGCAGUAGCCGUAGUUGAGACAAUGCCUGACUGACUGACUCCAGACGACCAGUUGGCAGGCAUACGUUUGCCUUCGAUAAGUUCUCACCACACCAGGCCAUUUAUAUUGAAACGGCGCAGAAGCAAAAACAUGUCAACGUUAAGAAAAGUCGAUUAAAGUUCGUCUCAAAACACAGGCAGGGUGUGAGAAUAUGGGGGGUGGGGGCGGGAGCAAUAACAGUCAAUGCCAGACAUGGGGUGAGAGUGGAAGGGCGCUCGGAGAGUUGUAUGGUUAGUCGACUUUUGACUGACUUCGGUGUAGGCCAACCAGGUUCUACUAACGUCCCUUCUUCCGCACCCACAGUUCCUCUAGCUGGUCGGACAAAGAGGGCCGACAACACAUGGCUAUGCGCUUUUUCCUCAAAGGACCUGUUGCGUCUGGAACGGCACACCUGGAGGUUUACGAGGUGGGUCUUUACAAAAAUUUUUCUCCACCUUCGUUUUCCGCAAAAUUCCUCAUUUUCUUUACCUUCUAUUUCACUGUAUUUUAGAAUGACAAAAAGGAAUUUGAGUACCGGUAUUUGGUCGUUGAAGUCGACGGUCUUGUGAAGAGGCAGGUGAUCCUGCGUCCAGAGACGACACCUGCUGAAGAUUAA